CUCACCUAGCAUGAGAGGACUCAGCUGGCGGGCCAUUCCUCUGGACAGGUCGUAAAUAUACACUUUCACCGGGACCCCCUCUCUGAAGACACGUCCCGCCUCCUUCACUGUGAUUGGCCAGUAUUAUAGAUUGGCGUACGAGGGUCCAAUAGAUGACGAGACGUCCCGCACGCCUCUUUAGCAUGCUCAUUCACGUACCUCAGCGCGCCCGUCAUUGAAACUAGUCCGGACUUUUGUUGUGCUCAAAGUUGCAGGGUACGGACCAACAGCAGCACCAAUGGCAGAGUGGAACGCCUACUACCAGAAUGAUGAGGAGGAGGAAGAGCAGGAGGAAGGAGAGCAAUCUGGAAGAGAAUACAAGAUCACAGGGAGAGACAGUUUGGUGUUCUUGGUUGAUGCCUCCAAGGAAAUGUUCAUCAAAGGAGAAGACGGAGAGCCAUCCAACUUUGAUAUGACCAUGCAGGUUGUGCGCAGUGUGUACUCCAGUAAAAUCAUCAGUAGUCACAGGGACCUGGUGGCUCUGGUGUUCUACGGCACAGAGCAGAGCAAGAACCCCAGGAACUCCUUCAAGCACGUCUACGUGUACCACAACCUCGAUGAACCUGGUGCAAAGCGAGUGCAGGAAGUGGACUCCCUGCGCAGGGAAAAAGGUGCCCAGCUCGCGGCAGAGACCAUGGGCAGCGGGGAGACGUCAUUGGGUGAUGCCCUAUGGUGCUGCGCCAACCUCUACAGUGACAUCAAGCUACGCCUCUCACACAAGCGGCUCAUGAUCUUCACCUGCAGGGACGAACCGCAUGAAGGCGACAGCGCGAAGGACCGGCAGGCUCGCACCAAGGCCAGUGACCUCAAAGAGACCGGUGUUGUCAUAGAUUUAAUGCACCUGAUGAAACCAGGCGGCUUUGACGUCUCACUCUUCUUUUGUGACAUCAUGAGUCCACCAGAGGAUGAGAAUGAAUUGGGGCUGCAGCUGGAGCCUUGUUACAAACUGGACGACCUCCAGAAGAGGGUUCGCGCCAAGGAGCAGAAGAAGAGAGCCAUUGCCAGGCUUAAUCUGUGUCUUGGCGAGGGCAUAAACAUAGCAGUGGGAAUGUAUGCGACCGCUGUGACUGCUCGGAAACCACCUCCCAUCAGACUGUACAGGGAAUCCAACGAGCCGGUCCGCAGCAAAACCCGCACCUUCCACACCCAGACCGGCAGCCUGCUGUUGCCCAGUGAGAUAAAGAAAGCCCAGGUGUACGGUAACAAACAGAUAGUGAUGGAGCGGGACGAGGUGGACGCCAUCAAGAAGUUUGAGGAUCCUGGAUUUUCUCUGAUCGGAUUCAAACCUAUGGAGAAGCUCAAAGUGCACCACCACAUCCGGCCUGCUGUCUUCAUCUACCCUGAGGAGGACGAGGUGAAAGGCAGUGCGUGUCUGUUCUCUGCCCUGUUGACGAAGUGCAGCGAGAAGAAUGUGUUCGCUCUUUGCCGUUGCACCUCCCGCAGAAACUACCCUCCUCGAUUUGUUGCCCUGGUGCCUCAGAAAGAGCAGGUUGACGAGGGGAAAGUACAGAUUACACCGCCAGGUUUCAACGUCAUCUCCCUGCCGUACGCUGACGACCUGCGGACUCUGGAUCCCCCUCAGUGUCCGUCUGCUUCACAAAUGCAGGUGGACAAGAUGAAGGAGAUUGUCUCCAAGCUCCGCUUCAAAUACAGGAGUGAUGCUUUUGAGAAUCCAGUCAUCCAGCAGCAUUUCAGGAACCUGGAGGCCUUGGCUCUGGAUAUGAUGGCUCCAGAAGAAAUAGAAGACCUCAUCAUGCCAAAGGUGGACCAGAUUGACCGCCGUCUGGGUCCUCUGAUCCAGGAGUUUAAAGAUCUGGUCUACCCUGCCGGCUACAACCCAGAGAACAAACCAGCUGCCAAACGCAAAGCAGAUGAUAACGGAGGCGGAGCGAAGAAGCCCAAAGUGGAGUUGCCAGAAGACGAGCUGAGGGCCCAUGUGCAGAACGGCACCCUGGGAAAGCUGACAGUGCCUGUGCUGAAGGAGGCCUGUAAGCAGUUUGGGGUCCGGACCACUGGGACCAAGAAGCAGGAGCUGAUAGAUGCUCUGACAGCCCAAAUGGGAUCAUGAGGCGUUACAUAUCUGACUCACUGUGCCUUCAUCUGACUGGUUUCAGAUCAGUGCUUCUGUGUCCCAAAAUUGAUUCCAAGUGUAGGAAUGUCUCCAGCUACUUUUGCAUGAACAGAGUUCUGGUAAAUUUAAAAGCUGUUUUAAAAGCAGGGAGCCAAGCAUCACUUGGGGGUCCUGUGAUUGUUUUAAACUCACUAUGCGUAGAUUUUUGGACGAGCAGCUGCUGUGUUCAGUGUACAAUAGAAACAAGUUCUGCUUGAUAAGAUGAAACCUGUUGCUUUACCCCCUUUUGAAAGGCAGCAGUGUUAUUGCCUGCAGUCAGUGUGUUUGUCCCACAGUAACCUCUUACAUUAUUAAUGUUUGAAUGGCUGGAUCAUGUUGGUUACGAGAUUGUAAAAGAAGCGACUGCAUUGUAAUACCCUGUACUGUAAACAUGGUCAUCAAAAUACUCCAACCAGGAACGACACUUUUUGAUAAUCUUGUAUUUGCAUUAAUAAAAACAAACCUUUUAUAA